GCCAUAAAACCCAGAGAAGAAGCAGAACCGUUGCGGUGUCGAGAAGGAAAUGAAUAGUUGAAUAAAGUCGUUAUUUUUGUUUGUCUUUUGCACACAGAAUACUUUUGUAAAGUAUUCUCGUCGCUUAGUAAACUUAGAUAAACUAAAGAUAGAACCAGUGUAGUCACUUGGACUAUUUUAACGGUAUCUUCUAACUUUUCUAGGCCGGAAAGUUUCUAUCCCGUUGAACUUGAAGCAACUCUCAGAUUUAACGUUAAUCAACAUUUAACAUGGAACAACAUGAGGUCUAUGGAAAACUCUAGAGGCAGCCCGGUUUUCUGCUCUGCGAAGAUGAUCAUACUUUGCUUAACAAUAUUUGCGAACGUAUUCAAGACGGGAUGGACCGGCUCAAACGAGCGCACGUUCAUCGCAGUGAAACCAGAUGGUGUUCAGCGCAGACUGGUGGGUGAGAUCAUCCGACGCUUUGAACGAAAGGGUUUCAAACUGGUCGGCAUGAAGCUCCUGCAGGCAUCAGAGGAGCAGCUCGCAGAGCACUACCGGGACCUGAGGGAGAAGCCUUUCUACAACGGCUUGGUUAAAUACAUGAGCUCAGGACCCAUUGUUGCUAUGGCAUGGCAAGGGCUCGAUGUGGUUAAGACCGCCAGAAAGAUGCUUGGAGAGACAAACCCAGCAAACUCUCUCCCAGGCACUAUCAGAGGAGACUUUUCCGUGGAAACGAGCAGGAAUGUGAUCCAUGGCAGUGAUUCAGUUGCUAGUGCUCAGAGAGAGAUCUCUCUGUGGUUCGCGAAUCACGAGUUGCUCUGCUGGGAAGAGAGCAGUCACAACUGGAUCUACGCCUGAAAGCCUUCAUGUUGCACUCAUCGUAACAUGCAGUUUUUACAGCUUCAUCUGCAUCUGAUACCUGCUCCUCACAGAGGCUGCUCGGCUCAAGCCAUAGUGACCAAAAUAAUAAAGCAAAAGGUAGCUUAUGUUGACAUAUGUCUGGAUCCAGUCAUUGGUCAAGCCAUUUUUGAAUAUGACCAAUUUCUUACUGCUUAACUCAUGCUGUUGUUAACAUUUUUAGGGUUUAUUUGCAGAUAUUCAUUUUACUAAUCUUUGGUGGGUUGGUAAGUCAGGCGCUAUUCUAAAGUUAAUUAGUGUUUAUAUCCUUUUGAAAGACAUUGUUUACAUUUUCACAUUCAACUUUUGAUAUGGGCAUGCUUCUUGUCAUCUUGAUGCACUAUGUGAAAAUACAUUUAUUAUUCAUGCCUAAAAAGGAAAGCAAUAAUGAAUGAAACAGGGCCAGCUUUCUCUGAAAAACUUAAAUAUCCCAAUUUGCUCUAGUCCUAUGAUUGGAACUCACUUGAAUAAACUUUACUCUACAAAUAAAUAAAUUAGUCCUUUGUUCA